UAUGUUCAAGGAACAGCGCUUCAUACAUACACUGUUGUUAGCGACGUAGCCACUACAGUCAGUUACAUUUUUCACAUUUACGUUUGCUAACGCUUCUCAAAACUUUCCUUCUCUUUUCAUCACCGCCUGUUAAAUGCUGGAGUAGCAGUUUUGUAGGCGGGGAUCCUUUACAUCGGAGUGCAAAGUUGUAGUUGUUGGCAGCCGAUCUAGCUCUAGUAAAGUAUGCUCUAGUCUGAGUAUGUGUAUACCAUGAAGAAACGUGCAGAAGACCCAGAACCGAUUUUUGUGCAGCAGCAACCACGCCGUCCCCCAGUUCAAGCUAUUGGAGAAGGCUUUCAACGGGCCCUUGUCCCGGCCCCACCUGUUGUUGAGGCUGCUGCAGACACCAUGCAGCCCUCAACUGGUAUACAGUACUCUCUCCCCCAGGCCUACCAGGUGCCUACUAUGCCUCAAAGCACAAGUGGACAUGGGCACAACAAUGCUACACCACAUAUUGGGCCUCAUACACAUAGCCUGGCUGUGCAGUCUCAGGGACCUGCAGUGGUUCCAGGUCAUGUUCAUCCCCCCACACCCAUAGCUUCAGUGCAAGGACAGCAGCAGCAACAGCAGUUUCAGCGGUUAAAGGUUGAAGAUGCCCUGUCUUAUUUGGAUCAAGUGAAACUGCAGUUUGGGAAUCAACCUCAAGUUUAUAAUGAUUUUCUCGACAUUAUGAAAGAGUUUAAAUCCCAGAGCAUCGACACUCCUGGAGUCAUUAACCGUGUGUCGCAGCUCUUUAAGGGCCACCCAGACCUCAUCAUGGGUUUUAACACUUUCCUGCCGCCUGGUUAUAAGAUCGAGGUUCAAACCAACGAUCUGGUGAACGUAACCACACCUGGUCAAAUACACUACAUAACUCCUCAAGGAAUAUCGGUACAAAACAUCCCAACAACUGGGGGAUCUAGCCAACCAACUAGCCUCCAACAACACCAGAGUCUCCCACAGACCGACCUGCACACCACCACUACCCCAACUAUCACCACUCAACCUGCUUUAAACAAAACCAGCAAGCAGCUUAUUCAGUCUCCGGCCCACACACCCACCAGCCAGCCGAAUCCAUCCAUCCCGUCGUACGCCUCACCACGUUCUCCUUCAGUUCAGCCCCACACUCCCGUCAGCAGCACCCCGUCCAGCGGGCCACCUCUCCAGAACAACCAACCUGUGGAGUUUAACCAUGCCAUAAAUUACGUCAACAAGAUCAAGAACCGCUUCCAGGGCCAGCCGGAUAUCUAUAAGGCCUUCCUGGAAAUCUUGCACACUUACCAGAAAGAACAGCGGAAUGCUAAAGAGGCUGGGGGGAAUUACACACCAGCUCUGACUGAACAGGAGGUUUACACUCAAGUGGCGAGACUUUUUAAGAACCAAGAGGACCUACUGUCAGAAUUUGGACAGUUCCUGCCAGAUGCAAACAGCUCAGUGUUGUUAGGGAAGAGUCCUCCAGACAGAGCAGAGUCAGUCCGUAAUGAUCACGGUCCCACAGUGAAGAGGCCCUCGCUGAACAGCAAACAGAGACUGAACCAAAAUGGUCUGCCAAUCAGAAGACCUGCUGGAGUGGGAUCCACACCGCCUUUCAAGAAAAAGGCUCUUGUCAUCGGUAAGGCCCACGGCAUGGCUGAAGGCGGUAAACUCAGCACAAGCACUGAAACUAUGUUCUUUGAGAAGGUGAAGAAGGCUCUACGGAGCUCAGAGGCAUAUGACAACUUCCUCCGAUGUCUGCACAUCUUCAACCAGGAAGUUAUUUCUCGCACUGAGCUGGUCCAGCUAGUCAUCCCAUUUCUUGGAAAAUUCCCAGAGCUUUUUACUUGGUUUAAGAACUUCUUGGGCUACCGUGAAUCUAGUCACGGGGAGCUGAGCCACACAGAGAGUUUACCCAAGGAGCGUUCUACAGAGGGCAUCGCCAUGGAGAUUGAUUAUGCUUCCUGCAAGAGGCUGGGGUCCAGCUACAGAGCACUGCCAAAGAGCUAUCAGCAACCUAAGUGCACAGGAAGAACACCGCUGUGCAGAGAGGUUUUGAAUGAUACCUGGGUGUCUUUUCCAUCCUGGUCGGAGGAUUCCACAUUUGUGAGCUCCAAGAAGACUCAAUAUGAGGAGCAUAUUUACAGAUGUGAAGAUGAGCGCUUUGAGCUGGAUAUUGUGUUGGAAAACAACCUCGCCACAAUAAGAGCCCUGGAGACGGUGCAAAAGAGGCUCUCCCGCAUGUCGGCUGAGGAGCAGCUGCGAUUCAGGCUGGACAACACGAUGGGCGGCUCUUCCGAGGUCAUUCAUCGCAAAGCCAUUCAGAGGAUAUACGGCGACAAAGCUCCCGACAUCAUUGACGGCCUCAAGAGAAACCCCGCUGUGUCCGUACCCAUCGUUCUGAAAAGGUUAAAAAUGAAGGAAGAAGAGUGGAAAGAAGCACAGAGAGGGUUCAACAAAAUCUGGCGGGAACAGAACGAGAAAUACUACUUGAAGUCACUCGACCAUCAAGGCAUAAACUUCAAACAGAAUGACACCAAAGUGCUGCGCUCCAAGUCUUUACUUAAUGAAAUUGAGAUGUUAUAUGAAGAUCGCCAGGAGCACGCCUCGGAGGAAACCGCCGCCCCGCCCCCCAGUGGCCCUCACAUGACACAGACCUACGACGAUAGCCAGAUCCUGGAGGAUGCCGCUGCUCUAAUCAUUCAUCAUGUCAAAAGACAAGUGGGCAUUCAGAAAGAAGACAAGUUCAAGAUCAAACAGAUAAUCAAUCAUUUCAUCCCCGACCUUCUGUUUGCGCGACGUGGCGAGCUCUCCGACCUGGAGGAAGAGGAGGAAGAGGAAGAAGAAGAAGAAAUGGAGACAAAUCAGGACGGCCCCAAGAAGCACAACGGCCUGCCAGGCCGCAGCCCAUCCAAAUCCAAGCUCUUGUUCUCCAACACGGCAGCUCAAAAGAUGCGGGGCACAGAUGACUCUUACAACCUGUUUUUUGUGAACAACUAUUGGUAUGUGUUCUUCCGCCUUCAUCACAUCCUCUGCUCCCGUUUGCUGCGGAUUUACGGGCAGGCCGAGAAGCAGAUUGAGGAGGAAACUCGCGAGCGAGAGUGGGAAAAGGACGUGCUGGGCCUGAAAAGGGACAAGAACGAAAACCCAGCCAUCCAGCUGAAGAUGAAAGAGCCGAUGGAUGUUGAUGUUGAAGACUACUACUCAGUGUUUCUGGAAAUGGUGCGAAAUCUUCUGGACGGGAACAUGGAGCCGGCUCAGUACGAAGACUCCCUGAGGGAAAUGUUUACCAUCCACGCCUACAUCGCCUUCACUAUGGACAAACUAAUCCAGAGCAUUGUCCGGCAGCUCCAGCACCUCGUUACCGAUGACAUAUGCGUGCGUGUAACGGACAUGUACCUGGCUGAAAGUGCCAAAAAAGCUACAGGGGGCGCUGUUUCCACACAGACAUCCAGAGCUACAGCAGAAGGGGCCUACCAGCGGAAAGCGGAGCAGCUGAUGACAGAUGAAAACUGCUUCAAGCUGAUGUUCAUGAAGAACCGAGGAUCUGUGAGCGUGGCGAUGGAGCUGCUGGACACAGAAGAGGAGAACUCUGAUGAGCCAACAGAUGCAGAAAAAUGGUCAGACUACGUGAGCAGGUACCUGAACUCAGAUUCUGCUUCUCCGGAGCUACGUGAGCAUUUGGCCCAGAAACCAGUUUUCCUCCCCAGGAAUCUGAGACGGAUACGGAAAUGCCAGAGAGGAUGGGAGCAGCUGCAGCAAGAACGCAUCACUAAAGGCUCCUCUGACAAGUCGCAGGAUGGCAGCAGUGAGCUGAAGAUGGAGUGCAUGUUCAAACUAAACUCCUACAAAAUGGUUUACGUUUGCAAGUCAGAGGACUACAUGUACAGGCACACUGCGCUUUCAAGAGCUCAUCAGUCCCACCAGCGGGUGAACAGACGUCUGCAUGGCCGCUUCCAGACCUGGCUGGACUCCUGGGCCCAGAAGCACGUGACGCCUGAAAUGGCCACCAACACUCACAAGUGGCUGAUGGGAGAUGCGGAAGAGGGACUGUUGUCAUGCACCACCACCUGCAGCCCUGAAGUCCUCCACUAUCUCAACAUCAACAAGUACCGGGUGCAGUACAGGACACUGUAGUUCAAACAGUUUAAACGCCUGCACACGUCAAAACUGCCAGAGGUGAAUUUUUAUUUUUUUUCCCAACCUUCCAAAACUGGACUCUGCUGCCAAACGAUAUUGGUUUUUACUUGUUUGUUUUCUAGUUCAAGAGUUUUGCUUCAAAUCCUGCAACAAAUAUACUGGAAAAAGCCACCCAUCAGAGUGCUAAGAGGGUUCGAUAAAAACACAGGAAACGGCUCUCUUUCUCUCAUCUGGGCUAAAGUUGAAUUAAGAUUCUCAUCACCAAAACUAAACAACUGAAGGAUAAAACCGUUCAUGGUCUGUUAACUCCAGCUGUAAACCUCUUUAGGCUUUGAAUGUUUUCAGUUGGGGUUGAAAGCAAAACGAUGCACUAUACAUACAGUAUAAAAAUAUGUAUUCAACAUUUCUGGCACCUCAUCGACAUUAGUACCAUGUCAGCUCUGUGUGUCAAGAACAGUAAUUUAUAAUUGCCCAAAAUGUUUCUUGUAAAUAUGUUGUUUAUAAUUAGAUUCUUUUUUUUUUUUUAUCAGGUGUCAUUGGUGUGUAGCAUACAGUUUAUAAAAAUAUAUAUUGAGUGUCAACAUUUAGCCAGAAGAUGCAAAGACUUUUAUCAAGAAAAGGCAAAGUUUUACUGUUUUUUUUUUGUUUUUUUACCAAAGAAGGUUAUUUACAGACCUUUUUUUAAUUUUAGUCUUCUGAACAUCUUCCCAAAGUGUUUUUGUUUAGUAAAAAAAAAAAGAGAGAAAAAAAUGACUCAUUUAUAACAUAAUUGGAUCCCUUUUAUGUGCAUUUCUAUUGUUGGUUUUUAGGACAAAAGUUUUAAGAUGAUUGAAUGUAGCUGAGUCUGAACAGCACUUCAAACUUUUUCUUGUUAAUGAACUUUUCAAAAAUAUUUACAAUCCGUGCAGGAGGGUCAGUGAUAUCUCAUACGUCAACGUUAUGAAUUGUGUACAGUUUAAGGAUAAAAACACAAGCAAUAAUUUCUUGAGUCAUAGUUUAUUAAAGCUAACUUGUAUUUCUUGCUCGAAUACAAACGCGGAUAUUGAAUGCCCAUAAAAAGACUUUUUUUGGCCCUUUUUUGCCUUUUAAUAAAAUUGGAAAUGUUUUUGAUAUUUUAGAUGAAAUUAGAUGGAAGAGAGAAAUCCGUCAUAUAUUUAAUGCUGGAACACGAGUCUCACAUUAAAACUGUACAUGUGUGCAACAGAAUAUCAUUUAAUUUCACACAUGAAAUGUUACAUGGGACACAGAGAAGUUAAGAUGAACAUAGGCAUCACUUCUUAGACAGUCUGUUUUCCUGAAGGUUCACUAAAGGCAGCGGUCAGUAAUAUAACCCGCUGCAGACAAUCUUGAAAUAGUUUAAUACCUGGGUUUUUAUUUUUCUAUUUGCCGUGUUUGUUACAGAAAUACAGAGGAAGUCCCGGGGGAGCCGAUUGUACAUACAGAGAUUGUUUACACCUAGUUUAAUGUGUCACUUCUUUUGACUUAUAUGAUGUUGUACAUGAGUGUUAGUAUGGUGUUUGGCAUUAAAAUACCCUUUGAGUAGACAGAAACUUGUUUGCCUUGGUUUUUAGUAACACGUUUUGCAUGUCAGCUGUUUAUCUUGGUUUAGCUCUUUCUCCAUGUUCUUGUCUGGAUUCCCCUUGGAUACUCCGGCUUAGUCUUAUAGUCCCAAAACUGCCCUAAAAGACUCUUUUCAUCUCUAUUGGAUAUGUGUGUACAGAAGAAUGGAUGGAGGGUUCAGCAUCAAACAUUCUGAGCAUUUUUAUUCAGAUUAGACCAGUUAGUUCUGCCUUUGUUGUGGGGAAAAAAAAUUAAAACCACAAAAUUAAGCACAAGAAAAAGCAAAAAUCUAUUUUCUAAAUUACGUUGCUAUACAAAAAUGCAGCACACCGUCAAGGUUAAAGUGCCUUGCAAAAGUAUCCAUACUCCUUGAACUUUUUUACAUUUUGUCACAUUAUGGCCACAAACCUCUUUAGCCUUUUUCAAGAAAACACUUCAAGGUGGGAUAAGGGUAUAAUUGUAACAUUGUUUUAUGACAGCAAGGGGGGUAUUAUUUUCAAAAAAGAUAUACUAACCAGAGACAUCAGGGAUAAAGUUAAAGACAGGUUAGUAGUAGAAAAAGUAGACUUGGCUUCUGAAAUGAAAACCCAAAAUUUGAAGAUCAAAUUGAGCACUGUUUGAUCUGUUAUCUGAAAAGGGAAAGUGGCACAGUUGCAGACCAGCUCAGGUGUGGGAAUCUGUCAGCACUGCAUCUGUUUGGUGUUCAUUCUAAGAAUCUGACCUUCACUGAAGAGCAGCAAGACGAAAACCGUUGUUGAAACCAAAGCAGUUUGCCACAGGCCAUGUUGGAGUCAGCAGAAGAGAAGAAGGUGCUCUGAACAGAUGAUACCUCAUGCAAAAUGUGACAUGUGAACCUAAAUUAAGCAAAUUAAAUACUAUGUUAAGCAUGGUAUCAUCAUGCUGGGGGAUGUUAUGUAGACAGGGCAAAAAUACUCUGUAGAUUGGAAAA